UAAUAUGCUUCUAACUGUACUAUUUAAUUUAUUUGUUAAAUUUCAGGAUUCACCUGAUGUUUUUAUUGGUGAAAAGAAAUUCUCUAAGAAAUGUGCUGAUAUUGGAAACAAAACCAACAUGAUGUACAAUAAAAUGAAUAGAAUUCUGUUGGAUUCUCAGAAACAAAACUUCAAAACCUUUGCUAGUCCAGAAAGAGUUUUGUUAUGCAACAUGAAGAAUUUCAAUCCAAGUACUUCUGGAACAAAACCAAUUCAUCAUGAUCUUAGAAGGGUAAUCAAUCCCACAAAGUAUUGCACAGAUCCUUAUACUCCUCAAAGAUCAAACUUCACAGUCUCACAAUAUGAAAGACAAAUUUAUAAUGCUGUCUGCACUCUAUCAACAAGCAGAUAUCAAGAACGACAUGCAGUUGAAAUUGAUGGUGUUCACUGCAAAUUCAGUUCUUUUGGAGGAUCAUUUAAUUUUGGACAUGAAGUUUCUAAUUUUGUUGUCUCUGUGUUCUGCCGAUAUUUGUUUCAUUUAUCUCACCCCUCAAAAUCCAAAAAACAUUAUUUCUUCUCUUCUAUUGGAGAUGAUCUUCUAAAGCAUCCAUCAAGAACUGAUUUCUCAUCAGUUAGGAAAUGCUUUGAUGGUGCAUCAAAAGCUAGACCUAUUCAAUCAUGUGAAAUGCUCUUCUUUCCAAUUUUCUACAAGCGCCACUGGUUUGUUUUCAUUGUUCAUCUGAAAGAUGAAAUGUUUGUCUUUCUUGACUCAUUACAUGAAGAAGGUUUUGAAUAUCAAGAUGAAGUUAAGAAUAGAUUGACAUCCAAUUUUGCACUUGCUUGGAAUUCCAUCAUGGAAGAAUAUCAAAUCAAUUUUGAUGCUUUCAAAAAUGUAUAUCCACCAGUAUCUCGCCAAAAUAAUCUUUUUGAUUGUGGAGUUUUUACUCUAAAAUACAUGGAACUAUGGGGUGCAAGAGUUCAGCUGACAAACCAUUUCUCUCAAAAAGACAUUCAAAACAUUAGGAUUCAAUAUGUCAACCGUCUUUUCUUCCAUCCAGACAAUUCUGUUCUCGGUACAGGAACAAAGAAACUAGUGAUUGACUUUGCUCAGGGAAAUUGAUUCUGGAAUAAAUUUUGUUUGUUCAAAUAUGACAGUUGGCAACUUUUGCAGGGCUACAACUGUACAUAAACUCAUGUGGUAGAUAAAAUGCAAAGUAGUUCAUAAAAUGUAGUUGAUAUAAGAAACAAACAUUUAAGUACAAACCAGAUGUAACGCUCCGCUUUUCGUGAGGCGUUAAAAAACUAAUUCAGCAAAAUCCUAAUUUCGAAAAUUUUCGUUCUUUGUGUGCGAGUCUAAGUCGUGCCAAGAUCUCAUUUCAAAUCCCGUUGAUCCCUCUCAUCGAAAUCAAAAUCCUCCACCUCAAAUUUCUCUUCCGAUUCGAGUCUCUGAAAUCAAGUUCUGAAAUUCAAAUCCUUCCUCUAAAUCCUCGCCAAAUACUUCUACGAAUCCAGAACUAUUCAGAUCCCGCCUCGAAUCCUUUCCUUGACUCCACCCUAUGUUCCCGAAAACAAAUACCCAAGUAUUCCUUUUGAAUCCUUUCCAUGACUUCUCCUUGAAUCCCCCUUGAUACAUCCCUAAACCCUCGAGUUCGAAUAUCAAAUUUGAAUUUGAGUCCAAACCCUAAAAUCUCUCCAAUUCUGUCCAAAUCAGUUUUCUCUGUAAAAGUCUACUUUACCUCCCUGUAUUUUUGGAUGGACCGAUUUCCCUCCCCCAGCCCAU